GAGGCUCUGCAGCAAAACACCAGAAAACCUACAACACGCAAACGCACCGGCGGGCGGGUUCAUGUGCUCCAGGUGAGCGGGGAGGGAGAGGAAAUUACCCCGCAACGUCGAUCACUACUCCGCCGUUUAUCCCGGAGAUAUCACAGAGAAACCCGCACCACACGCACACGGUGUACCGAAGAAACCCCUGCGGGACAGCUGCAGAGGCUCACGGCCGGGAAGGGGUUCAUAUUCUCGGGGUGUUUGUUUCUAUUCCUUCCGCCCACGGACUGGAACUCGGUGUUUACGCGGCGGCCGCAGAGAACGAGGAGCGCGGCGAGGAGGAGUCGCUGCAGCCGGAGAGGAGCGGCCGAGCAGCGGACACACGGAGCAGCUCUCUGGGUGUUUUCCUAUUAUUUUUUUUUAAGGUAAAGGGUUAAUAACACUGUUCGGUGAUAAUACCUGAAGAGGAGUCUAGCGCCCGCCUCCACCCCUAAUGGGGUAAAAAUCGGUCUGUUCUGCAGCCUUGGAGGGUCCGCUCACACCUGCUCACUGCGGGGGCUGUAUGAUGUAGCCCCCGCCUCUGCUCCGGUUCUCUGCAUCACCAUCACCAUCCUCAAACGUCCACCAUCUCUGCCCCCCCCCACUACACACACACACACACACACACACACACAGACCCACCAUGCCUGCAGGGAUGAAGCCGCUGGAGAAGUUCCUGAAGAAGCAAACCACGGCGCUGACCCGGGCCGGGGGUUUUGUCGGCGGGGUGGCGGAUAAAGCCAGCGGGGGAACAGGGGCGUCCCGCCGGCGGGCAAGCCUGUCCCGGGUCGUUCCCUUCUUCCGGGAGACUUCACCUGAGAGUGGCCAGGCUCGGGAGGUGUUCAGCCCCGACAGUGAAGACCCCCCGUCCUGGCCCUCUGCCACUGGGCCCGGUCUGGUGUCGGUACCCGGGUCCGGCUCCGGGGACGUCCGCAGCCCGUCUCUGUCCAGCGACGAGCAGAGCUCAGAGGCCAGCCUAAUCACAGAGUGCGUCGGGGGAGGAGGAGGGGUAGGAGGAGGGGGGACACCUCUUCCUCCCGACACACCAGACAAUAUCACCCUCGCUCUGCUGGACAGCGCGGCGGGAAAGCGAUCCGGAGUCUGCACAGAAACCUUGCUGGAUGACUUCAUGUUGACACAUCCCAUCUUCAUGGCGGCCGACAGGUUCCAGCAAGUCCUGCUGCAGCAAUUCAACCUGGAGACGGAGGGGAAGCAGGGCGAGAGGGGAGGGAGGGAGGCACAGGGGGAGAGGAAAGAUGGAGGAGGAGAGGGUGAAGGGGGGAUGGGCCGAGCAGAGCGGAAGCAGGCGGUGCUGAACGUCGCCUUCCGAUACCUGGAAACCUACAGAGAGCUGCUGCAGGAGGAGCGCAGCAACAGCUUCCCAAAGGAGCUGUACAUGUGUGCGGUUCAGGAGCUGAGCCAGAAUCCUGAGCUGGUGGAGGACGUUCUCAAACUGCAGAGAUGGACCGAGAUCUUACACUGCCCCUCCGAUGAGGAGAAGGAGAUCAGGAAGAAGCAGGUCCGUCCUCUCUUCAGACACUUCAGACGCAUCGACGCCUGUCUUCAGCCCAGAGAGGCCUUCAGGGGCUCGGACGAGAUCUUCUGCAGGGUGUACACCCCGGAUCAUUCCUACGUCACCAUCAGGAGCCGUCUGUCCUGUCGGGUCGGAGAGAUUCUGGCUCUGGUCCGAGAGAAGCUCCAGUACAGUGAAGACCAACCGGUUCUGCCCGGAAACCUCAUCCUGGUGGCCGUAACAUCUGCUGGAGAGAAGGCAGUGUUUCGUCCCAGUGACGAGGCCGUGUUCACCACGCUGGGAGUCAACACCCACCUGUUCACCUGCGAACCCACCGAGCUCGAGUCGCUUCUCCCUCUCCCUGAGGAGAUCCACUGGACGCCCGGUGACAGCAAACUCCACGACAUGUCAGCAGAGGAGGUCUCCAACCAGCUGGUGGUGUUUGACUGGGAGCUCUUCAGCUGCGUGCACGAGGUGGAGUUUGUGUGUUAUGUGUUUCACGGGGAGCAGUCUCGCUGGCGCCCCCUAAACCUGGAGCUGGUACUGCAGCGGUGCAGCGAGGUGCAGCACUGGGUGGCCACAGAGAUCCUGCAGUGCCAGUCGCUGCCGAAGAGGGUCCAACUGCUCCGCAAGUUCAUCAAGAUCGCAGCGCUUUGUAAGCAGCAGCAGGACCUGCUGUCCUUCCUCGCUGUCGUUCUGGGCUUGGAUAAUCCAGCUGUCAGCCGACUGAGACUCACCUGGGAGGGUCUCCCAGGGAAGUUCAGGAAGCAGUUUCAGCAGUUUGAGGGCACAGCGGAUCCCUCCAGGAACCACAAGUCCUACAGAGACCUGAUCACCAGCCUCAGACCUCCUUUGAUCCCCUUCACACCUCUGCUGCUCAAAGACUUGACGUUUCUUCAUGAGAGCUGUAAGACCUUUCACGGAGAACUGGUCAACUUUGAAAAGAUGCAUAAGGUGGCGGAGAUGGUGAGGAUCAUCAGGCGGUACCGGAGCAGCCAGCUAGCCAUGGAUACAGAGACGUCCCCCUCCCACCUGCAGACAAAGGCGUACGUCCGGCAGCUGCAGGUGAUCGACAACCAGAACCUCCUGUUCGACAUGUCCUGCAAACUGGAGCCCAAAGACACAUAGAGGGGGGGAAAAAGAUGGGAGGGAGAUAAAUGGAGGAGGAGGAGAAAGCUGUUGUUCCAGCAAUUGCUGCCUGGAAACAAUAAAGCUAACGGAUGUAAACAGAGUCAGAAAUAAGGUAAAGACGGAAUCUCAAACUGGAACCACACUACAUCCUUCUCUUCAUCUACUUCCACCUGGAACACAACAAAUAACGUUUUACGAAGACUUCUUGAUCAGCAACAUGAAGAGAGUUUGUCAAACUGGACCAACAACUCGAUACACACAAACAUUUUUUUCCUGAUUUUCGUGAUCCAGUCAGAGCUCGUAUUUGAAGAUGCUUGACCCGAAUAUAAGACAAUAGGACAAACUACGCGGGAGUUUAUAUCUUUUACAAAGCGAAAAGGCUACACAGUCUUUUUCUAAACAAGUCUUGGAAAACUCUCAACGUGUUAUGGCUGCAAUUUAAAAGUAUUUUUUGCUUAGGAAGGUUUCUUUUAGCUAAACGCCCAAGUCCUCAGGAGGAACGCAAGUUUUAGAACCAGAUUUCACAGCCUCCAACGCUGUGUCCAGUUCUCUUUGUACAUAUUUGGAAAUGACCCGACAGUACCUUAAUGGCAGCCAUGAUAAGAUCCGGGGGAAUAGUGUAAGUGCUAAUGGAAGCUUCCUCAGUGCUCCGUUAUCUCUUUUAGCAUACGACCAUACUUUAGGAGAGGAAAGAAGAUAAUGCCCUUCCACAAUUUCUUGAAGCAACAACACCUAAAGGCAAAGCUCAUCACUAACAUCCAGAGGGAUAUCUUCUUUUACUUUUCCAAUCAAGGUAACGGAAGAGCAGAUUAAUGUUUUUCUACUAUAUGUCCGCAGCCGUUGGAUGUUUUUAUCAUCUUUUAUUCGUGUCAAUACAGUACUUUUCGAAGGGUGCAUCUCAGAUCUACACAAAGACAGCUGCUUUGGGUCAUUUUUGGCACCAUCAACCAGACGCUGCACUUCAAACCGAUGGCUUGUUGAUCCAACGUGUUGGGAAGCAUGUCAGAAACACUGGAACAGAAAUAUAUAUUUUUUUUUUAUCACAAGCAUAAUCCAUACAAGCAUCUUGCAGACGGAUCGAUUCUUUAUCCAACAGACGGUGCAAUUGUGGAAGUUUGGUUCUCCAGGAUAUUUUCUCAGAGGAUGCAGGACACUUAGAACCUCCUUUACACCUGGAUUUAGUGUGCUGGGAGAUUGGAUCAAUAGACACCUUGGGUCGUUUGACCAGAUGUCUUAAGUAGUGUAAAAGCUAAUGCAUCCUGAUGCGUCUUCAACAAGGACCAAUCAGGGAAAAACGUCAUCAAAACUGCGGGUCUCCUUAUCUUUCUCAUCUCUAGUUGGUUCUCAAAUCGCUUACACUGAAACUAUUUUGAUCACUGGCUUAUCAAAUGUUAGAAAAAUGUCCAUCUCAGUUUCUCGAACAACUAAUUUAUCCCAGAUUAAUCGAUAAUACAAAUAUUUGUUAGUUCAAGCCAAUGUCUGAACAUUACAGUUAUGCCGUAGAAAUAGGUUACGAGUGGGCUUAACAUCCUGGAACACGGCGAGGAUUGUUUUUGAUUAAUUUUUUUCUUUUAAUUCCUGGCAGACAAGACAAAGGUUGGCCUCCUGCCCAAUAAAAACAACCACCAAUAAACCAUAUUUGCAAAAUGAAAUAAUGUGAGUGUGAUCCGAUCAAAGGCUGUAGUUUGAGAUGCAUUUAGAGAAGCUUCCUUAUGCCAGGUGUAAAUAGGGUCUUUAUCUCUUCAGUAACAACCAGAAACUAAAUAAUUCUAGUCACUCUGAACCUUCGUAGAGACCCGUUUGAUUGCUGAUGGAAUCUGUCAACUUCAAACGUCGCAAGUUUACGCGCAAGACGUCUGCGCUCCGAAAACUGGAUUUCAGGUCUGACUAUAUUUUUCCAUCAAAUUUACAAACUCUUUAAUGUUGAAUAAAGGGCACAACGGACAUUGUGGAUCUGUAGCUGAACUCUCAGCGGGGGAUUGUAUCCAUGGUCUACAUCCGUGGACUGCUGACCUCUGAUCUGUGGUUCCUGUCAGCUGCCAUAUCCCACACAGGGCUGUCAGGAACUUGGUUUGUUUUAUCUGAUUCCUCCGUGAUUUCUCAGACUUACUUCAGCACAUCGUCACGGUGCGUUCAUGGACUUUGAUCAGUUGACAGGAAACGUUUCUCAGAGGACGUUCAGGAUGUAUCCUCGCUGGAUGAGAGUGUGUAGAUGCUGGUUUUCUACCCAACAUGAUCUUAAAUGUUAUGCUGAAGACGUUUGGUCCUUCCUGCUUUUUGUUCCAGGUCUUUGAUGACACACAUGAAACGUCUCUUUACAGUGUUUGAUGAUCCAACCAGUCUGUUUGAGUAUUGACGUUGCACUCGCUUUAAAGGACCAUACCGCUGUUUUUUUCUACAUGUUUGAACCAUUUUAAUCUAAAUCAUGUUCACACUGCCGAAGCACUACUCAGUGUUUAUUUUUCCAAUAUGGCGUAAUUCUUUCGAGACGGCAGCAACUAUUAGUUUAACAAAAUUGUCAUGAAAAGCUGGUUUAUGCGUAUAUCUCUAGCAUCAAACAUCAGUCAAAUUCAAUAUUCUAGAGAAAUAUUGACAGACUUUGUCCAAUAGAGAGUACAAAUGACCAUCUGUUUUCUCAGAAUAAGACUACUUCUAAAAAUGUGUUCUUAAACUAUUAAGAGGAUAAAUACAUAGUGUGCAUAUCUAGAAAACAUAGACACAUUUGCAGAUAAACAAAGUUUAAAACAACGGUUUUGUCUUGGUAGACGCAGUGAAAUAACUUGAAAGAUACAAUUAAUCAACACAUAAUAUUACAAACUAAACUCAAUGAAUUACACUUUCUAGGUAAACUGGCUAGAACAUGUAAAACUAUAAUAUCACUCUGAGGGCGUAACUCUCUGCCAAGGCAAAAGGUGCAUUCAGUUGUCCUACAGAUGGUCCUAUUCCCCAAGAUGGAACCUUUUAACUAACAAUAACACAGACCCUUCAAAGGAGAUGUGUGUCGGUGGUCUAGUAGUUAUUUAAUGAAUAAAUUAUCCCAAUAUAUUUUGACACAACUUGGUUAAAUGUAUUGUAUGCCGUAUAACCACCUGGUAUUUAUGUGAAAUGUAAAGGUUUAUUCUUUGGCCCAUUCUACACACUUUCACCAAGUUUCAUGAAAAGCUGCUGAAGGCAAACAAACUGAAAACAUGACCUCCUUUGGGGAAAAAAACAGCUAUGGUCCUUUAAUAAUGUGACUGAAAAUGCUAACAAGUGGAUUGAACUGAUUACCACAAGACAGCCUAUCAGCUGUGUUUACGGGACAGAAAUACUCCAGGGAGAUGAAUACAAUCGUACGAGAGGGUUUGACAGAAAAAAACCUUUUAUUUUUCCUUUUUUCCUCAGCAUUUGGGAUCUAACUGCUGUCACAUUUUAAUGACCAGUCAGCUGUAAGGAAGGACCUGAUCAAAGCUGCCCUGCCAUUGGUCUGUUCUGAUGGCAAUAACAGGAAGUGGAGCUUGUUGGUCAACCUAUCGCAGCAACAAAGCACUUUUGCCAAACCUCAGGGCUCAGAGACACAGAGAGGUUUUGUUUACUCUUUAUUCUAGAUUUUCAUUAGAGUUCAGUUCAGUUGAGUCCAGUUGUGUUGCGAUCAAUUGGUUCCGUGUUUGUACAGCUGAUCACUCUUCAGUCAUAUUUACUAUAAUAAUCGAAAUCUACAGAGUUGUUGUUUUUCUGCUGUGAUCACCACCAGGUCUGAGUCCAGCCUGAACGCUCACACAUUGGUUAAGAUCUUUUCUUUUUGCAGAGCACUGAAGAGUUUCCCUCUCAGAUGUUGUACAUAUUAUAUAUUAAGAAGAAAAUAUUAAUAUAUCACUUUGCUAAUACUCUGCUGCUCACAAACAUACAUUUUUUAAAUAAUAUAAUAAUAUUUCAGAAAGAAGUUCUUGCGAUGAUGUAAUUUUAUACAUUUUGCUAUGUUAUGAUUACAAAGUCAUUAUUUAUAAUGUCGUCAUAUGCCUAACAUUCAUUCGUAACAUGCACAUUCAUGUAUUCGUAAUAUUUGAAGAUGACGUCACAUUUUAUUGCAAAAUAAUGUGUUAUAUGAUUUUAAAAAGUAAUUUGUCAUAAUGAAGUCGCUUUUUUCAUAAAUAAUUCACAAUGAAAUCAUUUAAUUUAAUUUCAUCAGAUUCUCUAAGUAUAUAGCAAGCAAUACAAGAAAACAAUCCCGCGGUAUUCUUGAAUUAUCAGUUAUAUAUAUAAGUUAAUUACUAAUCAAACUUAUGAAUAACUAACCGAAAUAAUGUCUUAAGUUUAAUUCAUACAUUUCAAUUCUCUAAUUCUAAAAAUAAACUAAAAGGUGAAUUAUUUUGGAAUAAAAUUAGAAUAUGAAGAAAUAAUGAGUAUAUUUGACUCUUUUCACAUGAACUGAGCCGUUAUCAAAGAAUAUGUAAACAAGCCUCCUUUACAUUCGACAUCUAUUUAAGGAUUUACAGUUCGAUAGGUACAUUUAUUUGCAUAAACACAUUUUUUACUUUAUGGUUGGGCUGAGACUUCAGUGCGUCAGAACGGUGCACGCGUUUGUAUAAAUUAUCUAAAAAGGUGUAAAUGGUUUUAAAAGUGUUCUCUGUGCUCAGCUCUGGUGGCAGUGAGACUUUGUCAUUCUCCAUCUGUACCAUAACAUCCUGUUUGUAAGAGCUCAGUGAGGCAGAUCCCUUCCAGAGACAAGUCUGCCGAUUCAGGUCAGAACAAGAACAAGCAGUUCAGCUUUCAGACCCAACAGCAUAAUUAAAGUCUGCUUUAUUUCAACCUUUACAACCUGGCUCUUAUUUUGGUUGUUUGGUGACUUUAUGGACAGAAAGAGAAACUUUUGAAAAACGAGAUUUCAGUUUUCAACAUUUCAAAUAUUCAAAAACAUGACGUGUGAACUGAGGCAGCUUGAUUCUGAACGGGAAAAAAUCUGCAAAAUGUCUAGCUGACAAGAUCUUAUAGCUAAUAUAAAGUUUUAAAAAGUUCACAAGUUUGUUGGAACAGCAAACAUUUUUGAAAACAAAAGAACAGGCUUUUGAGAACAAGUUAAAACUUUCUAGAAUAUGUCUUCAAUCAUUCAAAAAGAGUCGGACUUCAGAGAACAAGAGUCCAUACCUUUUCGAGGAUGCAAAUUCAACCUUUCAAAACAUUUGAGAAGACAAGUUUCAACUUUUGAGAACAACAGUUUGAACUUUGGAAAGCUAAAAACAAAAAACAUAAGUUUGACUUUCUUGUUCACAAGUUCAAACUUUCAAGAACACUAAUUCAAAGUAUUAUAAAUAUGCUAAUCUGAGACCAACAUUUUGAGAACCACAUUUUGUGUACACAAUUUUGAACUUUCAAUGAAACCCGUAUCAACUUUCUAGAAGAAGUGUUCAAAUCAUGGAGAGGACUAACUUUCGAGAGCAAGAGUUUGACAUUUAAGCGGGACUUAUUUGUAGAACGUGAACACUUUUUUGUUCAAAAUCCCAUACUGAGUCUGAGAAUGCAUUUACAGGACUCAAUAUUUGCUGUUGAAGAUUUUGUUGAGAUGUUUUUGGUGGUUUGGUCGCCUGAAAAGUGUGAAACCCAGUGAAGAUGACACCAUCACUAGUCUGCCGGUGGCUCUCUCAGGACCACUUCCUGGGUGAUUGGCGCUUUAUGAUUAUAGAUCCCUCCUUAGUUUUGGGCAGAAACAGAAAUGUUGAAUCCCAACUUUCUCUAACCCUAACCUAUCUUUAACGUUUCACAUGACCUAAACAGACCAAACCUUCCAGAUUUCGAACGUUUCGCAGCUUCUGCCUGUAAUUCUGCUGGGAUCCAUCGUUUUUGGAGGCGGACGGUCUCUUGGGUCGAGGCUGUCUGCUGUGACGCCGGCAUUUAAACAGUGAAUAAUUAAAAAAGUGUACAUACUGCAACCCUGUAAAUAGGCAAAUACUAACGGAGACUCUAUUUUAUGUAUCAGCUGAAAGAGAGUGAUGCUUACUCGAUGAGAAAUAUUUGAUUUGAUGUUUUUUAUUUGUAAAAGAGAACAUGUACAGUGACGAUAGAAAGAGAAAGAAAUGAUGAUGAAUAUAUGACUUUAUGAAUUGUACAGUUUAAUCUCUUCAGUUUGAUUGUUCUGUUAUUUUCUAUCUAAGCUUGGGGUUGUUUCUGUUAGUUUUUUUGUACAGAAGUGGCUGUUUACAUCGAUUACAAGUCCUUAUUUCUGUGAACGUCAGACAGACAAUUUGAUUGGAGCCGAGAUCUGGGAGGAGGCGGGUCUUGCAGGAUUGGUGUCAUAUUAACGAAUAUUAUGGAAACAAUUUGGAACAAAGUUAUUCUGUGAAAUAAAUAUUGGAGCGACUAAGGACAUAUUAAAUCCUGUAAUUGAUAUAUGCUAUGUUAUAGUGUUAUUUUCUUUUUGACAAACAGUUCACAGUAUUUAAUAUCCCACAAAGGGUUCAUUUUAUUUGUAAAUUAUAUUAAAAGCCAUAUUCGUGGGAUAAUACGUUGCUCAUUGUAUUAGGAAACAAUGCAAGAUCAAGAUUUCAUUAGAGAUUCAUUUACUUUGAACCUGUAUUUCAUAAUAGGAUUCUUUUUCCUAUAUGACUUCAUCAUCCUCAUUUCUUUUUUUCCCUCCUAAUCAUGAACGUCUUUCCCAAAAUGAUGAUGUUAUUUUUGAAACCACUGAUUUACUUUCGCAUCAUAGUGAUGUACUUUAUUGUGUCAUCUAUUUUUCUGCAAAACCAAGCCAUUUUCCAAAGCCUUGUAAAGAAUGUAAGGAUCAAUGAAGGUGUUUUUGCAGUUUCCCUAAAAGUGAGACUUUUAUUUUGAAAUAAGACUUAAAUAUAAUAUAAAUCCCUUGUAAUUUUGGGGAAAAUUGACGAAAAAAACCCAACAAUUUAAAGCUGGAUGUGUUUAUUUUUUGGUGAAAUUAAUAUUUGUAUCUAUUUAUUACACUUCAUCUAAACUACUGUAUGUUUAAGUGUUCUUACAGUUUAAGUUUCUGAAUUGAUUUGAAGUUCAGCAUAAUUGUUGAAAUAGAUUUUGAUCUCGUCUCCUCCAGACUGACGCUCCAUCUGCUGGCACUGAAAUAAUAAAACCUCUGGACAACAA